AUGGAGGUGAGGGAUGCGCGUCCGGGCGCCUCUGAGCGCUCAGCCAACUCGCUGCAGCAGAAGCUUUACAAUUGGAACACCCUCAACACCAAGGUGUUCCGCAAGCUCGGCUUCCAGCUGCCGCGGGAUGAGCAGACGCAGUGCGCGAACAGCGUGGCGGGCGCCAUUGAGCGCGUGCUCAAGCUGCUGAAGACACACAUCACUGCCUGCAUGGAGCGCGGCGGCUUUGAGGCGACGGCACCCACUACUUUCAGCACCAUCAGCCCCACAGGCGCGCCGCUGUCGCUGGGCGCGGCGCCGCCCGCGGGCGCGCUGCGCAGCCAGGUGGUCUCGCAGCCGCUCGGCCCCGUGAUCAGCAGCUACGUCUCCGGCUCGCUCGCGGCGCCCGGCGGCGUGCCCGGCGGCAAGGGCAGGUCGGUGGCGGCGGAGGUGCUGGCUGAGAAGGAGGCGGCCCUGCUGGAGCUCAGGGAGACGAAUGAGAUCCUUGAGACCAAGGUGCGCAAGCUGGAGCAGUUGGUCAAGCUCAAGGACGCCAAGAUUCACACACUCAUGGCCAAGCUGCAGGCGGCGGGCCUGGCAUGA